AUGGCCUUCAGGAGGUAUCUACAAUAAUUAAACUCUGUUUAAAAGGAUACUGGAAACUUUAUCAUUUGUUGUUAAAUACUGUAGACUAGUCUGUAAAAGACUGCUAACCUUACUUUUUUCUUUUUAUUUCUAUCCUACUAAUCAAGUGCUUUAUGCACAUAAACAUGUAUAGAUAGGAUAACUUGUUAUAAUGUUGCAUCACAUGUUUUAUGCCUGUAGUAUGUAAGUUUCAUGGGAUGCUAGCCUCUGUACUGUUGUUAUUCUUGUGCUGUAAUAUUUAUAUUUAUAUUUGAAGUACUAACGCAUAUUAUAAUUCUUAAGGUUUAUAACUUGAAAUACAGCCCUCUUGAUGAAUGUGCGCAUUUAUAUUAUGUGUUGAUUCAUACCAGGCUUGUAUUUGUAUAAUUCAAAAUGCUUGACCAUAAAUGUAGUUGUGUAACAAAUUAUGCAUUUGAUUUGGAUGAUUAUAAGGCUUGCAAUUUUAUUGAUUAAUAGAGAUUGCAAUCUUGA